GGCCCCGCCCCGACCCCGGCCGACAAGGACGUCAGGGCGGCGGGCUCGAGGCGGUGGCGGCUCACCUGAGCGGCUGCUCCCCUGAGCGGCGGCCGGCGGCGAGGGCCGGGGCGAGGGUGAGGCCGGCGGUGCUGGCCACGGGAUGAGGAAGCGGACCGAGCCCGUCGCCCUGGAGCAUGAGUGCCACGCCGCCUCGGGCUCGUCCUCCGCCGGCUCGGCCGCCGCGGCGCUGGACGCCGACUGCCGCCUGAAGCAGAACCUGUGCCUGACGGGCCCCGGGCCGGCCGAGCCGCGCUGCGCCGCCGACGCGGGCAUGAAGCGGGCGCUGGGCAGGCGAAAGGGCCUGUGCUUCCGACUGAGGAAGAUACUCCUCUGUGUCGUGGGGUUGUACGUGGCCAUUCCAUUUCUCAUCAAACUGUGUCCUGGGAUACAGGCCAAACUGAUUUUCUUGAAUUUCGUUCGCGUUCCCUAUUUCAUUGAUUUGAAGAAACCGCAGGAUCAAGGUUUGAAUCACACCUGUAAUUACUACCUCCAGCCAGAGGAAGACGUGACCCUCGGAGUCUGGCACACUGUCCCCGCUGUCUGGUGGAAGAACGCCCAAGGGAAGGACCAGAUGUGGUAUGAGGAUGCCUUGGCUUCUAGCCACCCGAUCAUCCUGUACCUGCACGGGAACGCGGGCACCAGAGGAGGCGACCACCGGGUGGAGCUUUACAAGGUGCUGAGUUCCCUUGGCUACCACGUGGUUACCUUUGACUACAGAGGUUGGGGUGACUCAGUAGGAACGCCGUCGGAGCAGGGCAUGACGUACGACGCGCUCCAUGUUUUUGACUGGAUCAAAGCGCGAAGUGGAGACAACCCUGUGUAUAUUUGGGGCCAUUCCCUCGGCACCGGAGUGGCCACAAACCUGGUGCGGCGCCUCUGUGAGCGAGAGACACCUCCAGAUGCCCUCAUACUGGAAUCUCCAUUUACUAAUAUCCGUGAAGAAGCUAAGAGCCAUCCAUUCUCAGUGAUCUAUCGAUACUUCCCUGGGUUUGACUGGUUCUUCCUUGAUCCCAUCACAAGCAGUGGAAUUCAGUUUGCAAAUGAUGAAAACGUGAAGCAUAUCUCCUGCUCCCUGCUCAUCCUGCACGCCGAGGACGACCCGGUCGUGCCCUUCCAGCUCGGCAGAAAGCUCUACAACAUUGCUGCACUGUCACGCAGCUUCCGAGACUUCAAGGUUCAGUUCAUCCCCUUCCACUCGGACCUUGGCUACAGGCACAAGUUCAUCUACAAGAGCCCUGAGCUUCCACGGAUCCUGAGGGAAUUCCUGGGGAAGUCGGAACCAGGGCGCCAGCACUGAGUGUUACUCGCCACCUGAAGGAGCAUGAAGAUGUCUGCCCUUGUCCCCCCCCUUCCUCUGGCCAGCCCGGCACCCUGAAGAUGCGCCUGGAGAGAGAACUCGGAUGCCAGCGGGCCAGGCAGAGGAGGCCCUGGCAGACCUGAGGCACCCGCCCCGGGUGGCUGGGAGCACAGGUCUCUGGACAGUGUGGGUGGCGGGCAUGUGGCCCUCUCUCCCUCUUGCUGCCACUCAACCUGAGGUCUUGUUGGGAAGACGGUGACAGAGCUUUCUGGCCAUCGGCUGGUUGAUCCCACACUUCCUGAGCUGGGCACCGGGAGCCUGGGGCAGGAGGCGUGGGGUCUUGGGACCACGUUGAGCUUUCUGACACCACUCUCGAGAAUGUGGGGAAACUUGGGUUCUUUCUGUCCCUUCCCAGAGCGGACUCUAGUGGUUCCAUCAGCCCCUCUCGCCCUGUGCACCCCGCUUGCCUUCCUUGGUGUCCCUGCCUCCCUGGGCGGCCCCACUGCUCCCAGCGGGGGAGGUGCCCGUGGUCUGCCUUCCUCUGAUUUCCACCCACCUGUCUACCUAACCUGGCCUUAGACUGAGCAUUUAUUUAAGAAUAAAAUCGUGGUGGUGGUC